GGAGUGAGGGAUCCAGCUGUGCGGAGCGCACGGCUCGGCGCGGCCGCCCGCGGGAGCAUCCUCCGGCGGCAGCAGCCCCGGCCCCGGGCAGAUGGUGGGGCGCGGAGGGGGCAGGCGCAGCCCCUAAGGCGGCCCGCCCCGAGGCUCGGGGGCAGCACCGGGAGCGGUGGGGGGCCGCCUCUCCGCCGCCCGCCCGGCUCGGGCCCCCCGGAGGCACGGCGAGGAGGAGCUACGGAGCCCGCAGCCGGCAGGGCAGGCCGAGGGGGGCGGCCCGGCCCCGGGCCCGGCGGGGGGCGAGGCAAAGGCUCGCCCGGUCAUGCAGCCCCGCCGCUGAAGCCGCCCCGGCACAGCCCCCAGCCCCCCGGCCCCGCUAUGGCCGCGCCCCUCUAGACCCCCUCCCGGCUCGCCCCGCGUUGCCCCGGCCCCUCCCGGGGCCGCCCGCCGGAGGAUGGACGAGGAUGGACCGCGAGCGGCCGAUGAGGAGCCGGAGCCAGGAAGAGCCAAGACUUUCAUCCGCCUUAACGACCUGUCCGGGGCCGGGGGCCGCCCGGGGCCGGGGGAGCGGGAGGUCGGCAGCGGCGAUUCGGAGGCGGAGGCAUUGCCUUACCCGGCGUUGGCCCCCGUCGUCUUCUUCUACCUGAGCCAGGAGAGCCGGCCGCGGAGCUGGUGCCUCCGCCUGGUCUGUAACCCCUGGUUUGAGCGUGUGAGCAUGCUGGUGAUCCUGCUCAACUGCGUGACGCUGGGCAUGUUCCACCCCUGCGAGGACAUCGCCUGCGACUCACCGCGCUGCCGCAUCCUGCAGAGCUUUGAUGACUUCAUCUUUGCCUUCUUCGCCGUGGAGAUGAUAGUCAAGAUGAUCGCGCUGGGGAUCUUUGGGAAGAAGUGCUACCUGGGGGACACGUGGAACCGCCUGGACUUCUUCAUCGUCAUCGCGGGGAUGUUGGAGUACUCACUGGACCUGCAGAACGUCAGCUUCUCGGCCGUGCGCACCGUCCGCGUCCUGCGGCCGCUCCGGGCCAUUAACAGAGUCCCCAGUAUGCGCAUCCUGGUGACGCUGCUGCUGGACACGCUGCCCAUGCUGGGGAACGUCCUCCUGCUCUGCUUCUUCGUCUUCUUCAUCUUCGGCAUCGUGGGGGUCCAGCUGUGGGCAGGAUUGCUCAGGAACCGCUGCUUCCUCCCUGAGAACUUCAGCAUCCCCUACACGGUGGAUCUGGAGCGGUACUACCAGACUGAGAAUGAGGACGAGAACCCCUUCAUCUGCUCCCAACCCCGCGAGAAUGGGAUGCGCUACUGCCGGAGCAUCCCGACGCGCAGGGAGGAGGGCCUGGAGUGCACCCUGGACUACUACUCCUACAACGACACCACCAACACAUCCUGCGUCAACUGGAACCAGUACUACACCAACUGCUCUGCUGGGGAGCACAACCCCUUCAAGGGCGCCAUCAACUUUGAUAACAUCGGCUAUGCCUGGAUUGCGAUAUUUCAGGUCAUCACACUGGAGGGCUGGGUGGACAUCAUGUACUUCGUCAUGGACGCACACUCCUUCUACAACUUCAUCUACUUCAUCCUACUGAUCAUUGUGGGCUCCUUCUUCAUGAUCAACCUCUGCCUGGUGGUGAUAGCCACACAGUUCUCCGAGACGAAGCAGCGCGAGAGCCAGCUGAUGAAGGAGCAGCGGGUGCGCUACCUGUCCAACGCCAGCACCCUGGCCAGCUUCUCGGAGCCGGGCAGCUGCUACGACGAGCUCCUCAAGUACCUGGUGUACAUCGCCCGGAAGGGCAGCAAGCAGCUGGUGGAGCUCUACCGGGUGGCGGGCGUGAGGAUGGGCUUCCUGGCCAGCCCUGCCAGCAAAGUGGAGCGGCACGCUGGCAAGCGUCGCUCCAGGAGGAGGUCCUCGGUGCAUCACCUCAUCCACCACCACCACCACCACCACCAUCACUACCACCUGGGCAAUGGGAACCUGCGGGCACCCCGCGCCAGCCCAGAGAUCAGCGACGUGGACACCGGCUCUCUCCACAACGGGACCAACCGACUGAUGCUUCCCCCAUCGGCCCCAAACCCCCACAUGGCUCCCACCGCCACGGCCAGCGGCACUGAAUCCGUCCAUAGCAUCUAUCAUGCUGACUGCCACGUGGAGCCACUGCGCUGCCGAGUGGCCCUCCCGCAGCCGAGCCCAGAGGACAUCCCCAGGAGCGUGGUGAUGGGCAGCAAGGUGUACCCCACAGUGCACCCCAGCACCUCCCAUGAGGUGCGGAAGGAGAAGAGCCUGGGGGAGGAGGCAAUGGGGGCUGGCAGCAGCACGCUGAGCGGGCUGAACAUCCCACCAGGGCCCUACAGCACCAUGCACAAACUGCUGGAGACGCAGAGCACGGGGUUCCUUUCGGUCCAUGUUACGGAUAAAGGUGAUGGAUUUCGAGGUCCCUGCCCAAGCUCCUGCAAGAUUGCCAGCCCCUGCACCAAGCUGGACGGUGGCUCCCGAAGCCCCGAGAGCUGCCCCUACUGCCUGAAGGCAUUGGCCAACGAGGCCGAGCAGACAGACAACGAGACGGACUCAGACAGUGAGGGGGUGUACGAGUUCACGCAGGAUGCCCACUACAGCGACCAGCGGGACCCACAGCGCGGCCGAGCCUGGGCCAGGAGCAGCAGCCGGGUGCUGGCCUUCUGGCGCGUGGUGUGCGAGACCUUCCAGAAAAUUGUGGACAGCAAAUAUUUCGGCCGUGGAAUCAUGGUGGCCAUCCUCAUCAACACGCUCAGCAUGGGCAUCGAGUACCACGAGCAGCCGGAGGAGCUCACCAACGCCUUGGAGAUCAGCAACAUCGUCUUCACGAGCCUCUUUGCCCUGGAGAUGCUGCUGAAAGUCCUCGUUUACGGCCCCUUCGGCUACAUUAAGAACCCAUACAACAUCUUUGAUGGGAUCAUCGUGGUGAUUAGCGUGUGGGAGAUCGUGGGGCAGCAAGGCGGGGGGCUCUCAGUGCUGCGGACCUUCCGGCUCAUGCGGGUUCUGAAGCUGGUGCGCUUCAUGCCGGCCCUGCAGCGGCAGCUUGUCGUCCUCAUGAAGACCAUGGACAACGUGGCCACCUUCUGCAUGCUGCUGAUGCUCUUCAUCUUCAUAUUUAGCAUUCUGGGGAUGCACCUCUUUGGCUGCAAGUUUGCUUCCGAGCGGGACGGCGACACCCUGCCCGACAGGAAGAACUUCGACUCCUUGCUCUGGGCCAUCGUCACUGUUUUCCAGAUUUUGACCCAGGAAGACUGGAACAAGGUCCUCUACAACGGCAUGGCAUCUACCUCCUCCUGGGCAGCACUCUACUUCAUUGCCCUCAUGACGUUUGGCAAUUACGUUCUCUUCAACCUGCUGGUGGCCAUCCUGGUGGAGGGUUUCCAGACGGAGGAGAUCUCCAAGCGGGAAGACGCCGGCGGGCAGCUGAGCUGUAUUCAGCUGCCGGGCGACUCGGCGGCGGGGGAUGCAUCCAAGUCCGACUCAGAGGGUGAGCUCUUCCUCCGCAGCCUGGAAGAGGAGGGUGGACUGAAGAAAAACUUGUCAAACCCAGUCUUGAUGGCCCUGAGCGAGCACCCGGAACUGAAGAAAAGCCUCACCCCACCACUCAUCAUCCACACCGCAGCCACGCCGAUGCCCAUGCCCAAGAGCGCCAUGUUUGGGGAUGCAGCGCAGGGCUAUGAGUCGCGCCGGGCCAGUGGUGUCUCCAUGGACCCCGCUGCCUACGAGCUCAAAUCCCCGCCCAGCACCCGCAGCUCCCCGCACAGCCCCUGGAGUGCUGGCAGCAGCUGGCCCAGCCGCCGCUCCAGCUGGAACAGCAUCGGCCGGGCGCCCAGCCUCAAGCGGCGGGGCCAGAGCAGCGAGCGCAGGUCCCUGCUGUCUGGGGAAGGCAAGGAGAGCUCAGAGGAUGGGGAGAGCUCGGAUGAGGAGCGCUCCAGCCGGGCCGGCAGCGUCAACGGCUCCUUACCUCAUCGCAUGGAGUCGCUGGAAGCAAAGGGCUCCUUCGACCUCCAGGACACCCUGCAGGUGCCUUCUCUGUACCGGACCAGCAGCAUGCACAGCAGUCGCACCUCCACCUCUGAGCACCAGGACUGCAAUGGGAAAACCUCUCCUGGCCUGCUGGUCCAUCAGCUCCACCUGGACGACCCUCGGCCAGACUGUGAUGAUGCUGAUGAUGAAGGCAACAUGAGCAAAAGGGACCGCAUGAAGGCCUGGGUACGGGCACAUCUCCCCACCUGCUGCAAGGAGAGGGACUCCUGGUCCAUCUAUGUCUUUGCUCCUCAUUCCAGGUUCCGUCUGAUGUGCAAUAAAAUCAUCACACACAAGAUGUUUGAUCACAUCGUCUUGGUGAUCAUCUUCCUCAACUGCAUCACCAUCGCCAUGGAACGGCCCAAAAUCGAGCCUCACAGCGCUGAGCGGAUCUUCCUAACGCUCUCCAACUACAUCUUCACAGUGAUCUUCCUGACUGAGAUGACAGUUAAGGUGGUGGCACUGGGGUUGUGCUUUGGGGAGAAAGCCUACCUGAAGAGCAGCUGGAACGUGCUGGAUGGGGUGCUGGUCCUCAUCUCCGUCAUCGACAUCCUCGUCUCAAUGGUGUCGGACAGUGGCACGAAAAUCCUGGGGAUGCUGAGAGUGCUGAGGCUGCUGAGGACACUGCGGCCCUUAAGAGUCAUUAGUCGAGCCCAAGGACUGAAGCUGGUGGUGGAGACACUCAUGUCAUCCCUGAAGCCCAUUGGGAACAUUGUGGUCAUCUGCUGUGCCUUUUUCAUAAUCUUUGGGAUCCUGGGAGUUCAGCUUUUCAAAGGCAAGUUUUUUAUCUGCCAGGGCGAGGACACCAGAAACAUCACAAAUAAAUCGGAUUGUGCAGAAGCAAGCUACAAAUGGGUCCGGCACAAGUAUAAUUUUGAUAAUCUCGGCCAGGCCCUGAUGUCUCUCUUUGUUCUGGCCUCCAAGGACGGUUGGGUGGAUAUCAUGUAUGAUGGCCUGGAUGCAGUGGGAGUGGACCAGCAGCCAGUCAUGAACUACAACCCGUGGAUGCUCCUCUACUUCAUCUCCUUCCUGCUCAUCGUGGCCUUCUUCGUGCUCAACAUGUUCGUGGGGGUCGUGGUGGAGAACUUCCACAAGUGUCGGCAGCACCAGGAGGAGGAAGAAGCCAAGAGGAGGGAGGAGAAGAGGCUUCGCCGGCUGGAGAAAAAGAGAAGGAAUCUAAUGCUGGAUGAUGUGUUAAUGGAGAGCACAGCCAGCGUGGUGCCAGAAGCACAGUGCAAGCCCUACUAUUCGGAUUACUCCCGCUUCCGCUUCCUGAUCCACCAGAUGUGCACCAGCCACUACCUGGAUUUGUUCAUCACGGGCGUCAUCGGCCUCAACGUGAUCACCAUGGCUAUGGAGCACUACCAGCAGCCGAAGGUUCUUGACGAAGCCCUGAAGAUUUGCAAUUACAUCUUCACUGUUAUCUUUGUCCUGGAGUCUGUUUCCAAGCUCAUUGCCUUCGGGUUCCGUCGCUUCUUCCAAGACAGAUGGAACCAAUUAGAUCUGGCAAUUGUGCUGCUGUCUAUCAUGGGUAUCACUUUGGAAGAGAUUGAGGUGAAUGCUUCGCUACCAAUUAACCCCACUAUUAUCCGAAUCAUGAGGGUUCUCAGGAUUGCUCGAGUGCUGAAGCUGCUGAAGAUGGCUGUAGGGAUGAGAGCUCUGCUGGACACCGUGAUGCAAGCGCUGCCCCAGGUGGGGAAUCUGGGUCUUCUCUUCAUGUUGUUGUUUUUCAUAUUUGCAGCUCUUGGAGUGGAGCUCUUUGGCGACCUGGAGUGUGACGACACGCACCCCUGCGAGGGGCUGGGCCGGCACGCCACCUUCCGCAACUUCGGGAUGGCCUUCCUCACCCUGUUCCGCGUCUCCACGGGGGACAACUGGAACGGGAUAAUGAAGGACACCCUGCGAGACUGCGACCAGGAGUCCACCUGCUACAACACUGUCAUCUCGCCCAUCUACUUCGUGUCCUUCGUGCUGACGGCCCAGUUUGUCCUGGUGAACGUGGUGAUCGCCGUGCUCAUGAAGCACCUGGAGGAGAGCAACAAGGAGGCGAAGGAGGAGGCGGAGCUCGAGGCAGAACUGGAGAUGGAGAUGAAGACCAUCAGCCCCGGGCAGCACAGCCCCUCGGACAUCUUCACUUGGAUGGGCGGCGUCGGUGGCGAAAGGCCCGAGAGCCCCCGAGGAUGCCCCCAUCCCCUGCAAAUCCAGGAAAGGCACUUGUUUGAUACCAUAUCCCUGCUGAUCCAGGAGUCUCUGGAAGGAGAGCUGAAGCUGAUGGACAACCUGUCAGGCUCUGUGUGCCAUCACUAUGCCCUCCCUGCUCCCGAAUAUUACAGCUCUGAGAACCAGGCUGAGCUGCGCUGCAGGGACGCCGCGCUGGCGCUGUCCCCCUGCCAGGACCUGCUGAGCGUCAGGAAGCCGUCGGUGGGCCGCACGCACUCCUUGCCCAAUGACAGCUACAUGUUCCACACGUCCCAGCCGCGCUCCCGGCCCAGCACCGCCUCCCUGCGCGAUGGGAACCCGGCCCAGCACAAAGUGCACUCAGGUUCAAAGGCAUCGGUGCAGUCGCAGCCAGCAGACACCAGCUCUCUCCUGCAAAUUCCAAAAGACCAUUUCCACCACAUGAGAGCUCACGACCCAUUGGUCAGGGAGAGCAAAGCCCCGGCGGCCGCCCCCGUGCACUCCCCUUCUGCAGAGAGGCUGCUCCGCAGGCAGAUGGCCAUAAGGAACGACUCUUCGGACAGCAAGGAGAACCUCCACGCCGAGCUGAGUGAGCUCCCCAACCCAGAUAUCCCCAGCGCACCCCAGGAGGAGUCAGCAGCUGCUCUGACCCCCUCAGAAGGAGAAGAUUUGGCUGCGUGGAGCCGGGCAAGUGUUCACACGCAGCAUCAUUCCCACAACCAAUAUAAUGUUUCAAAGCAGGCACCGGCAUCGUGUGCUUGUGCGGACUCUUAUCAGGAGACGCCUGGAGACUCAAUGGACCAAGAAGUGUCUGAAACAAACAGCUCCUUGGAGCCUUUCCCUUCCGAAACUUGCACAGCCUCGAGUGCCUGUUCAGAGGCGCAGCCUCUCACUCCUAAGAGGAACAUCGGCAGUACCGGCAGCGUUACGUUGAAGGACCUGAAGAAAUACCACAGUGUUGACACCCAAGGUCUUCUAAAAAAACCACCCUCUUGGUUGGAUGAUCAAAGGAGACAUUCGAUAGAAAUCUGCUCAAUGGAAAACAGCCCUCAGCACCAUUCCACAUCUAGCUCUUCUGGCUUCAUAAGUCAGGUGGUAAGUGAAAUGGAAGGCUUGCAAGGAACGCGGCAGAAGAAAAAACUGAGUCCUCCGUGUAUAUCUAUAGACCCACCCAGCGAACAGGGCUUGCUACCCAGAGGACCUCACAGCGUCUCACCUGCCAGAGGAGAUACCUGCUUGAGGCGGCGUGCUCCGUCCUGCGACUCCAAGGACUCGGUGGAUAUAGGGGAUUCGUUGCUUCCAGACAGCAUGUCAGCAUCUCCCACCCCAAAGAAAGACUUGUUGACACUUCCUAGCUUUUCCUUUGAUCAGAACGAGGUGGAGCCCUGAGUUACUUUUCUGUUGGUGCCAAACGUUUUCUUCCUUUCAUGUAAUAGAAAAACAAAAAAGAAAAAGAGAAAAAAAAAAAAAAAAAACUGUAUUCCAGAAUGGCACUGGGUAAAAUAUUUCCAAAGAAGGAUUAAAGAACCAGCUGGUUAAAGGAGGGGUUAACCUAUAUCACGCUUACUUAAGCAUACGUUCUGCUUAGGUAAAAGCAAUACAAUGUGCAGAAUCUAUAUGUAUAUUAUAUUUUAUUAAAUUAAUUGAAUCUAGUAUUGCGGGAUGUAGUACAUUUUGUGACUAAAGACUCGUUUGAUUUUCCUCUAUUUUAUGUGUCUCAGAAUAUUUCUGAGAUCGAGUUGGUUUUUAUGAACGUUUUAACCUUAAAAAUAUAUAUUUAAUCCCUCCUCUUUUUUUGUUUUGUUUGGUUGGGUUUCAUUUUGUUUUGCAAAGCACAAAAUGUAGCCAAUUAGUGCAUUACGGAGGAAACGUAUCCCACAGUCAGCAGUAAAUAAGAAUUAUUUAACGUAAUUUAUUUUCCCCUCGGACUUGAGUCAUUUUCUGGAGAAUACAGAAAUGCGGCAGCUUCUUUUCUGACAAAAUAAAUUCCCAGUCUUGCAUAAAAUCGGCAUCCAGAGGAAAAGCAAGUGCACAAAACAGGAGCGUGCAACGCGCCGAUGCGGGGCUGAGGGCUGGGAAUGCAGAGCUGGCUGAGCUGCCUUAGAAUGGGAUAUUUUGGAGCACCCGCGGGUGAUUCACGGAAUCACGUCGGUGGUGGGUUUGCUGUGUGUCUCGGGACGCCGGGCACAGCUGUCGGCCGGGCUGCUCAGGAGCGCGGCGUCUCGGGCUGUUUCUGUAGUGCAGCCUGGUGCUGCGGAGCCCAUUGCCCAUGGGGAGCUGCCCCACUGCCCCACUGCCGCGGUGAGAGCCGUGCUGAGGUCGGUGGUCAUUAAGUCAUUCUUUAAAGUUGCUGUUGUGCUUACAUGCUGAACAGGAUGGAGGCCUACUGCAGUUGGCAGGUUGUUUUGCAGAGUAGCAUAAGGAGGUCUUGUAGGUACCGAAAUGUUUGUUGAUUUUCAGUAGGAGUUUUUCCUGUCACUGCCGGAGUUAAUUCACAUUAAGAACCUGAUGGAAGUUCUAUUUCCAACCUAGUGAAGUCCUUAAGCAGCAACUUUGUGAUGUAAAGUGUGAAGAAAUGGAAGCCUUCGUAGUCCUUCAUAUGUCCUUCAUAGCCCUCCUUAGCGUCAGCCAUCUCCAAAGCGAGCGGUCCGUUCUGUGCUCCAGGCAGAGCCAUCCAUGGGAGCAGACGGAGCCUGAGGCCAUGGGGCUGCCCUGUGUGCCUCACCCCGCUCCUCACAGGGCUGACAGGAGGCAGAUGUGGACCUGAGGGGACCUCCCCAGGCGGGGUUAAGGUGUAGGCUAAAUAGGGUCUAGAAGGCAUGGCUGUAAGUAUGGGAAUAGUUGCAGCCUUCAGAUGGCAUGCAUGGAGACUUUGCUAGCUCCUGUCCUUAAACCAGCACAACCCUGUGUUGGGUUCGAGCUCCUUUACUCCCACCUGAGGAAGCACCGGGCCAGGAAGGCAGCCGGGAGCAGCGCAGGGCCGGGAUGUGCACCCAGCACUGUGCUGCAGGCAGAGUCCUCUCGGCCGGGGCGGUUCCCCCCUCUGCUGUGGGCCCACACAGAGAAACCCCACCAGUCUGCCCGGCCCGACCCAGAGCGGAGCCCGUUUGGAGCAGUGACUUCAAACAAACCUUUCAUCAGUUCUUCCCCAGCUGACAUUUAAGGAAACAAUAAAAUUACGGUGCUCUAAGCCUGGGAAAUAUUCAUAAUCCCUUUUUGGCCUCACGCUCCCAAUGAGCAGAGGCUUUUCCGUUCACAUUUACUGAAUAAUCUGGGAAAAUAUGACCUCGCUGACCCCACUGCUCAGCCAUCACCGUGCGGCGGCACCGCGGCACGAAGGGCUGAUCCAAACAUUUGGCCCCAACCGCAGCAGCACCCGCGGGCUGCUCCCUUGUCCAGCUUUGGGCUUUCGCCCCCCGGCAGAGUUUGUGUGAGCAGCAAAAAGUUCACCUUGCAUGGGAACGUUCAGCAGAGACCAGCAGGAAAAGUGCUGCACGGCGAUGCGUUCAGGAAAAGAAAUCCGUGUAAAAUAGUUUGUGUUCUAAACCAGACCCGUUUUUUUCUAGGCGCCCUUUCGAGAAGCAGACUCCGAGGUUCUGCAGUGUGUGCAAUAAUCUUAGAGCAUUUUCAAUACCUGCGGGGGGGUUUUAUAGAAUUUGACUUUUUUUAAGCAAAAUGUACAAAAUCCACAGGAAUUCCGUAGGACGGUUAUGUUGAUAGAUUUUUUUAUAUUUUUGUAGAAAUCUAUAGAGAAAUUGUUACAAGUCUGCAUAGCAUCUGGGGAACAGGAGCUGCUCUACCUGCGCUUUCCUUUCCGUAACCCUGGAGCCAGACCUGCUGCACCGCAGCGCAGAGCUGCACCCAGGCUGUGGUUAUCUGUACUAAGCUGAGGUUCUGUGAUACGGCAGUGCUAUUACUGUUACCAUAUAAACCAUCCGCCCCAGAGCGCAGCCCGUGUCGGUGGCGCAGCAGUCGCGUUGCUAUCAGCUCAUUCAAGCACACCAGCACUUUAUACUGUGGAUUUACUGUAGGCAGACGGGAGGACGUUCUGCCACUGCCAGGCUGACGUGGGAGGAAGCAGAGACUGCAGACGUGUGGAGAAAUGCCGAUUCCGUUUUUGCAGCCCCUUGCACAUAGGACGGACUUUCCUAGCCCGGUUCCAGCCGUUGGUAUUGCAGGUGUUUUGGGGGAGGGUGCGGAAAAGGCUGUUUCUGACUUCUGUGGGUUGCACUCAGCACAAGGCGUGUUCAAGGAGAAACAAAAGUGUUACGGUUGUAAAUUAGGCUAUGCCCCAGACUCCCCUUUCCUGCCCCCCUGGCUGUAACACCCCAUGUACGCUAUCACACCAGGUGACUAGAGUAGGCACGGUACCGUUGCAACGUCCGUAACAACCUAGUGUAUAUGAUAGAACUUUGUAUUUAAUAGUUAAUAUAUUGUUAUACUGUAUCAGGUAUAUAGGCCAAAACGAGGUCUGUUGGUCAGGGCAACAAAAGGUGGUAUUCGUGGGCAAAAUUGGGCUCAAAAGUUCCUUUUUACAAAAAGAAAAAAGACAAAAAACGAGUGUAAAUCUUUACAAAUGACAAAAAACAAACGUGUCCUAUUAAAAGCUUUUGAAAAGAAAAUAAACGUGCACUUCCUUUUGUUGGUGUUGUUGAUGCUA